AUGGCUAAACAUCAUCCAGAUCUUAUUUUCUGCAGAAAGCAACCUGGUGUUGCUAUUGGAAGAUUAUGUGACAAGUGUAAGGUUUUUAAUAUUAUUCUAAGCGUUUAGAAACAUUUCCAAGGUUAUUCAUAUGUUUGGCAUUCUUGUUAUAGGCGACGGAAGAUGUGUGAUUUGCGAUUCAUAUGUCAGACCGGCCACAUUAGUCAGAAUCUGCGAUGAAUGCAACUACGGAUCGUAUCAGGUAUGCGAGAAGAGUGGAUAGGAUUGGAGGAAGUGUUAUUAAGCUGUAAUAAUAAUGCAGUUUUUUUAGGGUCGGUGUUUAAUCUGUGGAGGUCAUGGUGUAAGUGACGCUUAUUAUUGUAAGGAAUGCACAUUAAUGGAGAAGGAUCGGGAUGGAUGUCCGAAGAUCGUUAACCUGGGGUCGGCAAAAACAGAUCUGUUCUACGAACGGAAGAAGUACGGUUUCAAGAAAACGUGA